AAGAAGAAAUUGCCAGCAUGGCGUUCACACUGUACUCUCUCAUCCAGACCGCUAUUCUGUGCACUAAUGCAGUCGCUGUGCUGCACGAAGAAAGAUUUCUCAGCAAGUUUGGCUGGGGUGUCGAUCAGGGAGUUGGAGGUUUUGGGGAUGAUCCAGGAAUCAAAGCCCAGAUUCUCACCCUCAUCCGCUCAGUCCGGACUGUCAUGAGAGUUCCUUUGAUUAUAGUGAAUUCGGCCUGCAUUGUCCUCUUGUUACUGUUUGGUUGACAGCAGUAUGCCGAGUGCCAAAAAGGAGCCAGAGAACCAGACGUGCCAAGGAAUAAACACAAACAAAAACACACAAACACACAGAAAUAUCUGCCGUUCAAAGACUUCUGUCUUUGCCUAUCAUUGGCAAUGAAGGAAUUAACCCAUCAGGCUGGCAUGGAAAUAGGAAGAUUCCCCUCGACCUGUCACCUGGUCACUGGUGUAAACCUAAAACCAGAAUGAACUCUAACCUAACCUGCUCGUCAGUGUGAUACAAAAAGGACAAAAUGAAAAGAUUUCUUGCUACACCACACUUGACCAUGACUCUCUCUUUAGCCAAACUUUUGUUUUGUGCUGCACAGAGUGUAAUCAUCCUUGUCUUUACACUUUGAGAGAGAUUGGAUUUAGAGAUUUAAAGGUUCAGUAUGCAAAUCUGAAGAAGGACAGUCAAUUUAUGAGUCUCAUUUCAUGCAAUACCUUUCAGUGAUUUUGGGUUGUCAGUCAGACUGAACCACCAACCCAAAAUGUUGGCAUUCGACAGCCUGGGAAUGAGACUCAAAAAUCAACUUCUCCAGAAUGACAUACUGUUUGAUAUGUGUCAUUUGUUUUCUCAUGAUGUUAUAAAUGAGAAAUUGUAACAAAGUGUUGUCAGCAGUAGGGCUGGACAACAUGUAAAUAUUUAUUAUGUGCUAUUAUAUCUCUAUCCAGGGCUAUUGCUUCCUUUUUGGGGAGUGGGAGGAGUUUCUGAAACCGGAUGAAAGUUACACCAUUUUUUUUAAGGUUACCUCCAGUUUGUAUUUUCGACUUCAGUAUGAUUGUGUAUUUUUUUUGUUCUUAAAUAUAAAACUUUACUCAGAAACAAUAUUGCAGCCAUUUGUCAAGGAAAUUACAUUUACCGGAAAUAAAAUGAAACUGUAAAAAUAAUAAAAUGUGAUUGAUACAUAACAGUACAUAUUAUAUGACUGUCAGUGUGUGGUCUUUUGUGCCAAAAAAGCUAAAUUGCUCAAAUUCUUCACUUUUAAGCCUGGUUAGUUGAGCCUUAUGUUAAACUGUAUACACCCGCAGCACCUGGGAACUGACGGACUAAAGAAUUCAGGACUAUUUAGGGACAUUUUGGUGGAGAAGAGGUGUUAGUGACUGCUGUCUCAUCUGUUGCAGUGAAGGAAAUCUAAAACCUGUCUGGUGUUUCAUAAGGACAUUGUCUCAGUAUCACAUUUCUUUGUUGUCCGUUCUUAUUAAUGUGUAAAAAUGUUCAGCAAUUUAUCUGUCUGUAAGAAUGAGGUCAAAUGUGUGUUGAAUCUAGAUUCUAAUAAAAAAAUGCCAAACACGAC